UAAUAUCCAUAAUAGUAUAGGUUUUCAAUAGUAUACAAUUGUUUUCUUUUUUUGAAUCGACAAGAUAAUUUAAAAGCUUUUCCGUAUUUAAUAUUUCAAGAGAAAAUAAUGUGUGUUAUGUGGUUUUAUUUAGUUGUUUAAUUUAGGGCUACUAUAGAGGCUAUAUUUCUUGAAAAGUGCUACAUUGGAGGUUAAGUAAAAUUUACAGAUGACUCAGAAGGUUAUAUGGAAGUGCAAAUGGCUGAAGGGAGUGGAAUUUCUUUAAUUAGUGACAAAAAUAAAUAAAAUUAAAAAACAAAGACUAAAUCGUGCUUGAUUUUUAACUAUCAUUAUUGAGUUAGGUCUCAUUAAUGCAUUUAUUAAUUGCUUAAUAGUCGUAACAUGGCUGCAAAAGUGAGCAACUAGUCGCUUAUUUCAACUGAUAAUUAUUUGAAGUUUGAUUUUCAGUGCAUUAUUCACAAGUACCCUUUUAAGCUUAUAUUUUCCACACAGAUGACUUAGAAGUUACACAUUGCAUUUGGUAGUAGUGAUAAAAAAAUACAAGAUGAAGAAACAAUUUUUUCGUGUUAAACAACUUGCAGAUCAAACAUUUUUAAGAGCUGACAAAAGCGAAGUUUUCAAUCAUGAGGAAUUGCAAAUUGCAGACCACAGAGUGGAGUAUCUGCGGGGUGCUCUUGCAGCUAUCAGCAAGCGCAUUCCAUCUCCGGGUUCUCUCCAAAAUUCCGAAGGGAACAUAGAAAAACGCAUGAAAAAAUAUUCUGAAUUUCAACUCGGUCAAACGUUCCAAGAACAGGGCUUUCGUAGUACUGAAUACGACUGUCAACUAAUACAGUAUAUAUUGAGAGAAUGUGGACAAGCUGAAAUAGAUUUAGCCAAAGAACAAGCAGAACAUGAACUGAAAGUUGAACAGUUGGUCAGCGCCCCAUUGCAAGCAGUUAUUGAUAAUGAUUUGCCAAAUAUUUUUAAGCACAAACAGAAUCUGAAAAAAUAUAUUUUAGAUAAGGAUUCUGCAAGCAAUAGAUAUCAUGCUGCAUCAAAGAAUGGUCCGCAAAGAGAAGCCCUUAAAGAUGAUAUGGAAGAAGCAGAUUCAAAGGUGGAACAACACAGGGAUGUAUUGGCAGCAGAGAUGUUUAAUCUGUUGAGAAAAGAGUCUGAAUUGUCUCAGUACAUUUUACAACUAUUAAAAUUACAAAGAGCUUACCAUGAAAGUGCUUUAAAGAAUCUAGAGAAAGUUAUUCCUAAACUUGAACAAAAUAUAGGAGAUAGUCCUGUUAAGGCUGUGUUUGGAUUAAACUUAGAAGAGCAUUUACGUGUAACUGGAAGAAGCAUUGCAUAUCCUUUAGAACUGUGUAUUUGUGCCCUAUCUGAAAUUGGAAUGUUAGAGGAAGGACUUUUUAGGGUAGUUGGAGGUGCUUCAAGGGUUAAAAGACUGAAACUUUCUAUAGACUCUGGUUGUUUUAGUCCACCCCUGUUGCAAGAGUACCAAGAUGUUCACGUACUCGCAAGCACUUUAAAACUAUACCUCAGGGAACUCCCCGAACCCUUGUUAACGUAUAGUCUUUAUGAUGAAUGGAUGUCAUCUAUGCGUUAUCCUGAAGACCAAAGAAUCCUUGUAGUUCAGGAGAUCCUCAAGAAACUGCCGGCAGCGAACAGGAUCAAUCUUACAUACUUAGUACAGUUCCUCUCUAAACUCUCGAAAAACCAAGAAAACAAAAUGACAUCAUCGAAUUUGGCUAUUGUUAUGGCCCCUAAUCUCCUUUGGCACAAAAAUAAAGAAAUGGAUAUUCAUAUGAGUAAUUGCGCCACAAUGAACAUGAUCGUAGAAUUGUUUAUAAAUAAAUCUGACAUACUAUUUAUUGAUGAUAUGAGCCCAUACUUGAGUUUUACAAGAAGCGAUCUGUUACCAGAAGAACCCGAAUUCCAACGACCAGUUCUUAAUAAUGUUAAAUUAAUUAAUCACGAGAACCCUGAUGUGCUAGCAACACAACAACAGCAAAGUCACACUCCCACAAAUUCUCACCAACUUGAUAGCCCUAAGCCGCAGACGAGGAUAAGAAAAAAUAAAUUAGCUCCAACACCUCCCUCUGUUCCCCCGGGGAAUUACAAGAGCGACUCAGAAAGCGUAACAGGAAUACCCCCAUCUUACCCAUCCGGAAGCACCACGCUAUCGCGGUCGCACAAAGUGAAGAGCGCUAUCAUCUUGGACGGAAAUGUACCCAAAACAAAAACCCAACCCGAAGAUAAAAACGUUCUACCACGAAGGCAAAGUUUAGUAAUAGAAUGUGACAAUAAUUCAUUUAUUAAUGCCGAAAAAUCAAAAGCAUUCGAUGAUCAACAACAACAACAACAGCAAAAGCUUGACAUGAGCGUGGUACAGAUCGCUAAAGCGAAACCUGUUCAUCAGAUAACUGCUCAAACUAUGAACGUGGAGAAAAUGACUAUAACUGGGAAUAGUUUGCAACAGAAACCGCCAUCAGAUAGUAAAGGGUUAACGCCUGGACGACCUGUCGCAGCGCCUCGUACUUUUAAUUUUGACGAAGGCAGACCGUCGAACGCGUUCAAUUGUCGAGAAUACCGGACUUCUAGCACUGACAAUCUAAUGACCAAAUCGUUAAAUGCAAUAGAUAUUGAAGCAGUUGAUCCUGUUCAAGUGAGAAAUAAACCACGUGAAGAACCCGAACGUCCAAAUAAACCAACGGUUCCAGUACGUCCUGCAUCUCUAAAAGCGAUCCCGAGGUCAUCAUUCGAUUCUUCAAAUAACAGUACCCUGUCUGAUCCUGCCGUUCAAAGGACUCAGUGUUCGGUGUACAGUGUUGCGCACAAACAGCAGCCUAGUUAUGUUAACAUUCAGUUGCAGGGUCGUAACGGUGAAAAACACUUACCAGGUCAUGAUAAUUUGAUUGCAGAAAAGGAACGGUUUCUUGGACACCAACCUAGUAACGAAAAAACGCAACAAUUUUAUCCACGGUCUUCGGGUGACAUAAAAAGUGACGAAAUUAUUGUUCCAGUGGAGAGCAUACGUACUCGUACUUCAUCCCUUGGUAAUGGCAGUAACAAACCCGAAGUGCCUCCAAAGUCAGCGGUCAUUAAAUCAAGUGAAAAGCUCAAUUCAGAUGUCGGUAAUUCGGAAAAAGUGAACGGAUUUACUAGAGUCGGUGGUCAUGCGCGAACGCAGUCGGACGGGAACAUUGUAGAUUCUACAGGAUCAGGAUUACCCCACGCUACUGUUAUAAGUGUCCUUCACACUCCUCCCUCGCCGCGCAGCUUGAAUAAACCAACGGAGCCACCGCCCCCGCCCCCCGUCCAACGACCAAAGAACGAUGCUACUUCAACGCCUACUACUACCGCUGCGGUAUCUGAUAGCACUAACCUGUGAAACCGAGCAUGCGUUGUGGAAGCAAUUGCACGCAUCUUUUAAUAUUCUAGUGAAAAGUGGUGAUCAUUUUCUAGGAUUAAGCAAUUAUUGUAACUAAAAAGGAAACGUGUGAAUUAAUAUUACACACGUAGCAGCUCAGUUACGUUUAAGUUCAGUAUAAACUUUCCUUUCAAAGGUAGCAACCCAUAAUAAUUGAGAAUAAUUGAGUACUUUACAUAUACUUUAAUGUUCUUGUUUCUUUAUGAAGGUUUCAACGUAGCAUAUCUUUCUUUAUAUUUUCUUUUUUUAUAAAUAGAUGUAUUAUCUUCGUGUAUUCGUUCUGAGGGCGUCCAAUAAAAAAAAAAAAGUCUGGCGUUACCCCAAUGAUGUGUAACAUUUAACCUGGAUAGCGUGCAAAAUUUUCGUGAAAAUUGAUUGAAGUGAUUUUAAAACUUGCUAAUCUUUUUAUGAAAAAUAUUCAAAUUUUUUUGUAAAUAAUUUUUGUACCACGUAUCUAGAAAAACUAUAUGGUAAUACGUCGUCUGCAUUUUCUUUCCCUUUUCUCAUUUUCUUCCAUUACUUGUCACUGUAGGCAACUUUAAUUAAAGAUUGAGUUGCGCGCGCCAUUUCCUUUCUACUUCCGUUUGCGUCUCAUGAAAUUAGUUUCAUACUCGAGCAAUAGGUUGUUACACAUCAAUAAUAAUUGAUUUAGUUAAAUGUUUUUGAUUAUUACAGAUUUGAAUGUGAGUCGUUAUUGAAGCACGGAAAAAUAAAUAAUAAUUUAAUGAUAAACAUAAAUUUUCAUAAAUUCAAAGAAGAAAAGACUUUUGUCAUGCUUAAAAGUUCUUGAAAUUUUCAGGAUUAAGAAGCAUUUUGUGAUGUUUACUGAACCAUACAUAAGAAAAUUGCAAUCAUGUAUGAAUCUGUUAUAUCUGUAAUUAAAUCCAAUCACUAUUAUAACUUACAACUAAAACUAUUUUGUAGUUCAAGUAUCAUGUAUCAAUAUUUUGAGUACAUAUGCUACUUUUGCACUUAUAAAAUGAAAAUCAACAGCAAUGGUAUUAACGAAUAAACAGUUUGAUAAUCCAGGCAUAAUCAAGCACAAAAGAUGUAAAGGAUAAGCGUUGAUAAUUUAAAUAAAGUUAGAAACCAAAAUGUGAAGUUGGUAGGAAUGAAAACAUCAUUUUUUUGUUUAGUAAAGUGAUUGUUUUUAUUAAAUUUUAGGUAUGUAGUUAACCACAUGAAUUUCUAAUGAAAUGUUGCUUGGUGUUUUUAUUCCCAAACAACUUUCUUGGGCAUUUGAUUUAGAAAACGAUGAAGCAUACUAAUAGACUUCAUUUAACUCAUUUCCAAAAGGAAGCAACAGUGUUCCUGUCUAAGUGUGUGUGUUUCUAUAUUUUUACGCAUUUUAUCAAAAUAAAUGGCAACAAGAAGUAUUAUAUAGAUAAAGUAAAAUCGAGAUUUCGAUCUGAAGACUGAGUGAUAAUUCAAAAAAAGUUUUUUGGAGUGUUAACAAGAUACUUGCUUUUUCACGCUAGUCUUAGUAUUUAAAUAAUAUUUCUACCCACUAAAAAAUAUUUAAAAAAGUAUGAUUGUUACGUUCUUGGUCUUCCCCUUGUUAUUAGGUGAUGAAAAAUGCUUACAAAACAUGCGCACAAGCAUAUUGACGAGGAUUUAAUGAAACUAGUGCAAUAUUACUAUAUAUAUUAAUAAUUAUGUGCUAUUUAUAUAACAAUUGUAAGCCCGUUUUUAUGAUGCAGUUUAAGCAAAAUCGUUAUUAGAAUAAAUUUUAUAUUUUUACUAUGAUAAACCAUAUGAUAAUGUAUGUUUUUUACGUGUUUUCGUACAUGAAAUUUCAUUAAGCGUACUUUUAAACUUAAAUAAGGAAAUGUUACAAUUUUAAGCUUCAUAUUGCUUGAUUUACUAUUUCGAAUACCUAUUCUUUUAUGGAAAAUUAUUGUUAUGUUGGAACUUGAAGGAAAUAUUUGCUAUCUGCUUUAGCAAUUUAUGUUGCUUUUGUUAAGUGAAAUAAAUUGUUUAAAAUAUA